AUGAGCCUCCUCACUGUGAUGAGCCUUGACCGCUAUGCUGCCAUCUGCCACGCCCUGCACUAUGAUACCAUCAUGAGCAGGGACAGGUGUGGAUGCGCCACCAUCUGGUCCUUGUCCAGUGGGGCGAGUGGGGCUGCUGUGGAUGACGCCGCCGUGAUGAUUGCAGAGCCGUGGGAGAGUCCUGCUCUGCCCGUGCCCGCGUGUGACCUGCUGCUGGAAUCUAAACUCCCGGCUCGUCAAGUUGCCGUGGCGCGGAGAAGUCUGCAAAACAAGAGGCUGCGGGCUGCGUUAGCGAGAAACCAGUUCUCACCGGAGCCCGCGGGAGGAGGCCCAUGGGAGCCGCCGCUCGGCAGGACUCUGAGGAAAAGCUGCCCCAGGUCGCGCCGCCGUCAGCAUGGCAAGGGAGACCUCAACAAGCCGCGGGACAAGAUGUCCUCGUGCGCCUUCUUCGUGCAGACCUGCCGCGAGGAGCACAAGAAGCAGCGCCCGGACUCGCCCAUGAACUUGGCCGAGUUCUCCAAGAAGUGCUCGGAGAGCUGGAAGGCCAUGUCCGCGAAGGGGAGGUCCAAGUUCGAGGACAUGGCCAAGAGCGACACGGCCCGCUACGACCGGGAGAUGAAGAACCACGUGCCGCCCAAGGGCGACAAGAAGGGGAAGAAGAAGGACCCCAACGCCCCCAAAAGGCCACCGUCCGCCUUCUUCCUGUUCUGCUCCGAGCAUCGCCCCAAGAUCAAAAGUGAGCACCCCGGCCUGUCCAUCGGGGACACGGCCAGGAAGCGGGGCCAGAUGUGGUCCGAGCAGUCCGCCGAGGAGGAGCAGCCGUCCGAGCAGAAGGCGGCCGAGCUGAAGGAGAAGUGUGCGAAGGACAUUGCUGCCCGCGCCAAGGGCAAGAGUGGAGCAGGAGAGAAGGGCCCUGGCAGGCCAACAGGCUCGAAGAAGAAAAAUGAGCCAGAAGAUGAGGAGGAGGAGGAAGAGGAGGAAGAAGACGAGGACGACCAGGAGGAGGAUGAAGAUGAGGAGUCAAUGGCUGUCCUGUGA